UUGCUCGCGUGGAGCCUCCCUCUGCCUCCGGCUCCAUCAGUGCCGCGCGCGGCCCCGUCGCUGGAGGCGGCCGCCUCUGGGACCCGGGCCCGCUGCCGGGACGUGCAGCCUCCGGAGUCCAGACGAGCUCGUUUGGGGGAGGACGGCGGGGAAGGGACCAUGCAAAGCUUGGCUUGAAAUGUCGAAGCGGGGAUUGAUUUGUCUUGGGCAGAGGAGGGAUCCCGCGGCCCCCCCCUUCCAGACAGCUGUCGGGCUGGAGGAGCUAUCUAGCGCUUACAAAUACUCCCCAAGAAGGGAGCCAGCAGAAAGCAGAACAGGUGACAAGAGUGACAACAAUCUGCCUUGUGCGCAGUUAGCCUGAAACGACUACCGCUUACCUAUGGGCCCUGCUCCACCGCCAGAUUAAAGCUGGCUAGAAACCAGCUGUAGAGUUAUUGCCCAUUUGCCAGACCAUAGAGCAGGUUGGCUUUUCCUAGCUGACCUUUUUAUGGUGGGAUGCGUGGCUGGCCAAUGUUCAUGGCAGAAUUCACCAGUCACUUGCAUCAUGUAUGUAAAGUGUCACAGGGGCCAAGCGGGGUUAGGUGAUGCAGGCACUAAGGUGAUACUGCUUGUUAUUAACCACCGCCUGGGAGCACUGAGGACAGAGAGAAUUCAGUGGAGCCCUGAGAAUAACAUCCCUCAUCCUGUGGCAGGGGAGGAAUGAAACGAAAGCAAAACAUAUGGAUACAAUGGAACAUAUAUUACUGCUACUCAUGUUUUCCAUUCCUAUUAUCAGUCUCACCAAUGGAGCAGAAACGGAACAAGAUUUCACUUGGCACUUAAAGAAGGUACCUCAGAUUGUGAGCGAGAGAACUUUGUCCCUUGAUAGUCCUAAAUUCGAAGCAACAACCAAAUUAGAGCUGAAGAGAGUGUGUGGAAUUGAGUGCCAAAGGAAACUUCCAGUGCCGAGUCUGUCUGACUUGAAGGAUUUCCUCUCCUAUGAGACUGUUUUUGAGAAUGGCACACGGACCCUGACUCAAGUAAAUGUCUUGGGCCUAACAUCUGAUCAAGCUCAAAACACCAACACAAGAAUGUCCUUAAGAAGAAAGAGGCAGAUAUAUGGAACAGACAGUAGAUUCAGCAUCUCUGACAAGAAGUUUAUGACUAACUUCCCAUUCAGCACAGCUGUGAAGAUCUCCACCGGCUGCAGCGGAAUUCUCAUUUCCCCCAACCAUGUUCUAACAGCUGCUCACUGUGUGCACAAUGGCAAAGAUUAUGUCAAGGGCAGCAAAAAGCUGAGGGUAGGAUUGCUAAAGGAGGGUUCCAAAGGCAGUGGCAAGAAACGCAAAGGUGCUAAUAGGAGUAAGAGAGAAAUUUCUGAGGUCAGAGAUGACGGGGUGGAUGGCACAGAACAAAAGCCAGGUUCCAAAGGUGGUGGUAGAAAACAAAAGUCAACUGGGAGGGGUCAGAGAACCUCAAAGGGUAAAUCUUCCUUCCAGUGGACCAGGGUAAAGAGUACCCAGAUCCCCAAAGGCUGGUUAAAAGGCAAAAAUGGUGAUGUUUCCCUCGAUUACGAUUAUGCUGUUCUUGAGCUCAAGCGCCCACACAAAAGGAAAUAUAUGGAGCUGGGAAUCAGCCCAACAAUCAAAAUGAUGCCUGGUAGUAUGAUCCAUUUCUCAGGUUUUGAUAAUGAUCGAUCUGGGCAGCUAGUCUAUAGAUUUUGUAGUAUAUCUGAUGAAUCCAGUGAUCUUUUCUACCAGUACUGUGAUGCUGAGCCUGGUUCUACUGGAUCUGGAAUCUAUCUUCGCCUUAAAGAGCCAGACAAAAAGAAAUGGAAGCGCAAGAUUAUUGCAAUUUACUCAGGUCAUCAGUGGGUAGAUGUCAAUGGCGCACAGCAGGAUUAUAACGUAGCAGUACGAAUUACUCCUCUCAAAUAUGCCCAGAUUUGCUUCUGGAUACAUGGGAACGAUGACAAUUGCACACAAGGUUGAUAAAAACUGAAACUGUUCUCUGGCACUGACAGUGUAAAUCUGCCCUAAAUGUUAUUAGAAGAGCAUCAGAGCAUCACCCUAUACCAGGACGUAUUUGAACUUGAAGCAUGCAAGUAAUAUUUUCAUAUAUUGAGUACUGCUACCCUUCAAUUGGUAGAAUUAUUUUUAAUUGUCUAGUAAAUCAACUUUAAAUAUGCACUUGAAAUUCAAAACUGUACUUUGUUUAAAUUUGUGAUACAUUCACAUAGUUCAAAUUAAAAGACAACAAGUUGGUGGGGUCAAUUUUUCUAAUAUACUUAAAAUUUCUCAAACUGGUACUAUUAAACGUGUAUUUUUUCAAUUGACUUGCUUUACUCAGGGUUCCAUUCCAACAAGUUCCAUGUACUUAUUGUACUGUAUGUGCAGAAUUAUCUUAAUUGUGAAACAUUGAAGUAAGACCAAACUAAUGAUGGUUAGUUUUCACUGAAGAUCGUACUUCUACACUGAGAUGCAGCAGUCUAGUUCAUGUUGGAUGCCAUGGAUGGUAUGACCGGUGAUAGAGCACUCUAGAAUAUACCCUGUUCAUAUGCUCUCCUUCUAAAGCAUUCACUCCUGCCACUGUUGCAGGCAGGAUACUGGGCUAGACGGACUAUUGGUCUGACCCAGCAUGGCACUUGUUUUUGACUUGGGAAAUUCUUUUUCAAGGUUGCCUUGCAAAGACUUUUGUGGGAAUUCUGAAUUUCUGUGGGGGAUACUCAGACCUAACACCAGAAAGUUCAUUCCAUUGUUUGCUAAAAUAACAAAAAGAGGUUAGUGAAUGUAGGAGUUCCCCUGCUAAGGAUAAAGAGAAACCAUCAGGGUAUAAUCUAAUGCCUGGAAGUCUAGUUUAAGAAACUAUACACAUCUGGGAAAUAUUAAGCAUGCAUCUUUUCAUUUUAGUUGGUUAGCUCCACAUUUGCAGGCCAGAUGCAGUCCAUAGGUGUAGGUUGCCAACUCUCAUGCAAUUGCCUUUAUUAAAAAAUGGCUGUUGACAACAAUUUGAAAGAAAGAGCAAAUAUGGCUGCAAACGAUAGCUUUUGGGUGGUCAGCAUUUUAAUAGGUUCUGUAAUUACUUCUGUAAGUGUUCAGACUUUAUAAAUAAGCUUCACAGUGUAUCAGCCUGGGAGCUGGAAAGCAAUAUUUUGGUUUGUCAUCAUACAGUUUAAUCAGAUCCUACUCUGAUCUUAUAAAAAAAAAAAAUAGAGAUAAACAAAAAUAAUCCUUCCAUGCCAAAUCAUGUCAAAAUCACCUACUGAAAUGGAAGCGACCAGUCCUGUAAAUAGAAUAGAUUUAUUGUUAGGUAGCAACCAUGCUAAUAAAAUAAUGCGUGUGUUUGCUGUUACUAAACUACACAGUUAAAAGAAAAGGUACCUCUAUCAAGUGAUUUUGAUGGUUUAAAGUUUGUAUAUAAGCAUCACUAACAUUUUUUGCUAUCGAGUAUGCUUAAUUGCUACACAUGCAACCUUAUUUUAUUUGUUACACAGAGACUUUGAAAAACCCAAAGUUUCAGGAUGCUAGUUUAACAUAAUAAUGUAAAAUGAAAAUGCCUAUAUCAGGCCAUUUGCAUUUGGUUUUAUUACUGCUAUUCAAUAUUUCCGUAUUUAAUGUGCUGUGAUAUUUUGCUUGUAUUGACCAAACUUCGAUUUCUCUCAGUUGAAUUUCUCUCAAGUUGAAGAAUGUGUAAUGAGAUUUUUUAAAGAUAUUUUGAUUUGCUGUAUCUUUAAAACAUACUUAUAAUGUGUUUUCAUGAAGUAAGUUUUUUUAAAUCCAUUAGUUUAUCAUUUUCAACUAUACAUAAAAUCUGGCACGUUUUGUUUGCAAGGUGACGUUUUUGCCUCUAUAGUAGCAAAGUAUGAACCUUUAAUGUCUGGUUCUCUAUAAUAAUCAAAACCUGUUUGACAUUUUGUGGUAUUUUAUUAAACUGAAAGCACUGCACUUUAAUAUGCAUAUUUAAAAUUUAGGCCAUUUCUGCAAGACACUUAAAUUUAACUUCAUUUACAUGUCUGUUGCCUGUUUCUGUAAAUAUUUAAUCAAUAAGUUGAAAAAAAGAUACUGCAGGCACAGUUAAACAUUAAUGACAUCAUACUUUGUUUUACUAUCUCUAAUGAUCAUUAUUUCUUGAUUAAAAAUAAUAUAAAAUCACCUCUGGCCAGUAUUUGCCUCUUGUACCCUAAAAUGACUGGGCUACACUAUCUUUUAGAAAGCUCUAUAAUGCCUCUGGAAUACAUUUUAAAAUAAAUAUUCUAACAAUAAUACCAAAACCUUUGCUGCUGUAAAUCAACAUAGCAACGAUGACCAACUAGGAGUUCUACUAGCUGCUGAUCUGAUUUCCCCCCCCAAAAAAUAAAACAAACCAGUCUAUCGAAAAUUAAUGUUGACAACUUGAUUCCUUGUUUUGGUCAGGCUGAAAGUCAGGAAAAAGAUAAGAACAGCAAAAAAAGAGAUGCUAACAGACAUAUAUUGAUUUUGUUAUUAUAAACAUCUGCCAUGCUACCAUUUGCAUGUUCCAAGCAUCUGCCGCCUCAAUGUAAUAUUCCCUUACCUAGCAUAAAUGCACACACAUCUUUAUAGGACAAAUAGUAGAAUGAGUAUUUUCAAAUGACUAUACAGUAAUACAUCAGAACCAUCUUCAUAUAUGUCCACAUUUGGUGUAAGCAGGUACCAUUUCAUUGGACCAGGAGUCACACCAGGAUCAAAUUAUAAUAAUAGCUCUAGAGUCGAUCAGUAGCACAGAUAGGAAAGAUGUGGAUGGCCAAAAUAUUGCUUUCUGCUGUGCCCUAAUACCAUAAAAUAUUAAAAGCCAUCAUUGAACAUUACAGACUGAAACAAGGUCAAGUGGGUUUUCACAUUAAUCUGCAUAAACCAAAAAGAUCGAUGGAGUGUGGAGUUGGCAAUGAUGGUAAAUAAAACAAGUAUCCCUCAGCUUGUAAGAGCUUUUUUAGUACAAAGCUGGCACCUGUUAAAAUUGUUUCUAAUUCAAAUUCAGAUGCUCUUUAAAUGGAGGCAACAGAUCUGAAUUUGACUUGUAAACUGUAUGUUUCAGAACUCAUGAGCACCUGGCCCAAAUUUUGGCAGAACAUCAACCAUGACCUGCUAAGAGGCUUCUAUCCCUCUGAAGAAGUGGGCUACUCAUUACUUGUAUUUAUUUAGUACUAAUGCUUUCUUUUUAGGAGCUGCUCAGUCUGCUCUAAUGGACCUAUUACAGCAACUUUCUGCCUGGCUUUAGGGAGAAGAAGAAUCCUUCUCAACUUGCCUUUCUGUGAGGGGUGACAGGCGCUUUAUAAAGAUGAAACAAUAACUUUUGGUGAUAACAAUGAACAUUCUGGAACAAAUGCAAACAAGCUAAUGACUGCAGACUUUUGAAUGUGCAACAUGUUUUCCACUUUGAGAAGUCCCAUUGAAGUCAAACUGACUACUUGGUGUGUAAAGUUUAGCAUGUGCUUAAGGCUUUGCAGGACUGCAGCCCAAGCGUAUAUAGACUUAAAGCAGUGGUAUUCAACUUUUUGGUUCCGUGGGCCAGAUAAGUGACAUGGGGCCAGUCCACAGGUCAGACUGGACUCCACACUGCCUAUGCCCAGCCCUACACCACACUGCUCAGCUUUAACUGGCCCUGCACAGCCCUCACUGACUCCACAAACUCAUGCUAUCUGGUCUCUGGGGUUCCCACUGGGACCAGAAAUUUGACAGCAGGGGAGAGGCAAUUAGCUGCCACCAAAUUUUUUGGAUACGUGGGGAGCCCCAGGGACAGAUAACAUGGCCCUGACAAACACACUCUAAGUUAGCAGCAUUAUUGUUUUUUACAUAAUUUUACCAAUGCUUAAAAUGAAUCCCAUCUCAAAGAGUCUGUUAUUUAAGAUUAACAGGAUAUAAAUCCGCUGAUAUGACUCUACUAUGACAAAAAUCACUGAAUAGAAAAUGAAUUUCUUUAUAAGAAAACAUGGAAAUAUUGCUGAGAAAGAGAGAAGCUUUUUUGCUUUUAAGAAAUCAAUGCUCAAUUUAAUAGAAACAAAUAAUAAAUUCAGCAAUUAAUAAGGGAAGAGCAAGAAGAGCAAGCUGGUGUUAUAGAGGGAUUCAAGGAAGGACACUUGAUACACAGAUGUUCCAAGCAAACUGGCUGGCAUGAAGAGCAACAGCUGUAGUUAAGAUAGAGAGGGUAGAGAGAAGUGUGAGGAUCAAGAAAUCCUGGAGGAAGCAGGUAAAAAACAUAGGGCUAUAAAUUAAUAUUGCAUAGAAUUAUGUAAAAUUGCAUAGAAAUCUUACUUUACUGUUAAAUAAUUGUCAGUUCCUGCUGGCCUCAAGCAAAAACAUGGGGUGCAAGUGCAAGUUCUAGGAGUCAGCAGGGACCACUAAGAAAUUCUAGACCCCAAUCUCAGUCCUUACAUGCAGUUUCAUGGAAGUCAACACAACUACUUUUCUUCAUAAAUUGUACUUGUAUUAUAGUGUCAGGCCACAUAGGAAACAUCUGAUCUGAGAGACUGACAGAAAGCAUGGGGAAUACAAACCCUUCAACCAUAGGAUGCAUAAUAAAUGGAGGGAAUUUCUGUCAGUUGGUAAUUUUUUCAACAUGGCAUAUUGUUACAGUUCUGAUAAAGCUUGUUCUCUGUCAAAUGACGAACCUGAAGUUUUCAGUUAUUAUUGCCUUUUAUUGCCUGUACCUUGAAUUCUAGCUAAUAAACACUUUCAAAUACUUCA